AUGGUCAUAGAUGCAAUGGAGGAUAAAUCAAAUGCAGAUGGUGUGGUGUCAAUGGUGGGUGGCGGAGCGUCUGGCCUAGGAAGAGCCACCGUGGAGAGGGUCAUCAGAGGGAGCCGAGCUGUCAUCUGUGACCUCCCAACCUCACAAGGAGCUAAAGUUGCUUCUGAGCUUGGUGAUCAUGUCCUAUUUGCUCCUACUGAUGUAACAUCUACAGCUGAUGUGGAGGAGGCAUUAGCCCUGUGCAAGGAAGAAUUUGGUCGUUUAGACGUAGUUGUGAACUGUGCCGGGAUAAGUAUGGCUGCCAAGGUGUUCAACCAUAACAAAAAAUUAUCUCAUUCUCUCGACGAUUUCAAGAGAAUCCAAACGGUCAACAUAUGUGGCACUUUCAACGUAAUUCGGCUCUCGGCGGCAUUGUUGGCAGAGAACGAGCCUGAUGCUGACGGUCAGAGGGGAGUCAUAGUGAACACAGCGAGCAUCGCCGCGUUUGAUGGACGUAUAGGGCAGGCAGCAUAUGCGGCUAGCAAGGCUGCCAUUGUGGGCAUGACACUACCAAUAGCACGUGACCUGAGCAUUUUGGGCAUCCGUGUGUGUACCAUUGCUCCAGGACUGUUCAACACCCCAUUGAUGAUGAGUUUGCCGGAGAAGGUCCAGCAUUUCCUCGGCAAAAUGACGCCCUUUCCCGGGCGUUUAGGUCAUCCUGAUGAGUUUGCCAUGUUGGUCCAGACCAUCAUCAACAACCCCAUGAUGAAUGGCGAGACUAUACGCCUUGAUGGGGCCUUACGCAUGAUGCCAUGAACAGAACAGCGUGUUAGUCUAGGCAACGCGAUGUGAAUGUGAGACAGUUCUUGCAUGUGUUGCAAAACUUUGUAUUAGGUUUUCCAGAGUGAGGUUUCGUGUUUCUUUUGUAUAAUUAUUAUUAAUAAAGUCAAUAAUAAUUAAGAAAUUAAUUUUUAUAAUAAUAAUAAUAAUAAUAAUAAUUAUAAUAAAAAUAAUAAUAAUAAGGAAAAGAAUAGCA